CACACCGCUGCUAUUUUCUCACUCUCUGCCCACAGCUCCAGCGGAGUGACACGGGGCUCAGGGUGGAACAGAAAGGCUUAUUAAGAGAGAAUUAAGUUGAUAUAGAAACACGACACGUUGAGGAAUACGAAUAUUAAUAAAGACAUGGCAGAGCUCGGAGCUGGAAGCCUGCCGUUAGGAGAUCCUGCUGCUUUUAAUUACCAAGAGCAGGAGCUAAACGAGAGGCUGAAGCGGCUCUACCCGGCUGUGAACGAGGAAGAGACCCCUUUACCUCGAUCCUGGAGCCCCAAGGAUAAAUACAGCUACAUCGGCCUGUCACAGAACAACCUGCGGGUCCACUAUAAAGGUCAUGGCAAGAACCACAAAGACGCAGCAUCCGUGCGGGCCACACACCCAAUCCCUGCUGCCUGCGGCAUCUACUACUUCGAAGUCAAGAUUGUCAGCAAAGGUCGCGACGGGUACAUGGGCAUCGGCCUGUCCGCCCAGGGGGUCAACAUGAACAGACUGCCUGGCUGGGACAAGCAUUCCUAUGGUUACCACGGAGAUGACGGCCACUCCUUCUGCUCCUCUGGCACCGGUCAGCCGUACGGCCCCACGUUCACCACGGGAGACGUGAUUGGCUGCUGCGUUAACCUCAUCAACAACACUUGCUUUUACACCAAAAAUGGCAUCAGUUUAGGUGUUGCCUUCACAGACCUCCCUCCCAACCUGUAUCCCACCGUGGGCCUUCAGACACCAGGUGAGAUUGUAGAUGCUAACUUUGGCCAGCAGCCGUUUGUGUUCGACAUUGAAGACUACAUGAGCGAAUGGCGGGCCAAGAUCCACGGAAUGAUCGCCCGCUUCCCCAUCGGAGAGAGACUCGGAGAGUGGCAGGCUGUGCUUCAGAAUAUGGUUUCAAGCUACCUGGUGCAUCAUGGGUACUGUGCCACCGCAACAGCCUUUGCCAGAGCAACAGAAACGACAAUACAAGAGGACCAGAUGUCUAUAAAGAACAGACAAAGAAUACAAAAGCUGGUGCUGGCAGGACGGGUGGGCGAAGCUAUAGAAGCCACGCAGCAACUGUAUCCAGGCCUGUUAGACCACAACCCUAAUCUACUAUUCAUGUUGAAGUGUCGCCAGUUUGUCGAGAUGGUGAACGGCACUGACAGUGAGGUUCGCUGUUUGACAGUUCGCUCCCCUAAGUCCCAGGACAGUUACCCCGGUUCUCCCAGCUUCAGCCCUCGCCACGGAGCCAACAACACACAGCUGCACACCGGGGGAGGGGACAGUCCUACAUGCAGUAACGGAGUGACUCCACCCAGUAAAUCCAAAAGCCACGGUGGGAGCAGCAAUGUCAAAUACCCCAGCGCCUCCUCCUCAGCCUCCUCCUCCACCUCCUCCUCACCUUCUUCAGUCAACUACUCUGAGUCCAACUCCUCUGACUCCACCAAACCACACAGCACCAACAGCACCCAGGAAACCAGUGACAGUGAGAUGGAAAUAGAGGCGGAGCACUACACCAACGGUGUGGUCGAGGGUUCCUCUGCACGGAUCAUGAACGGAACGUACAAACACGAGGAAAUCCUUCAGACGGAUGACAACAGCAUCGGCAACGGUGUUGCAGAUGAGGGCUGUACGAACGGCAAGCAGCUGUGCGGAGGAAACCAAGCAGCCACAGAAAAGAUGAUCCAGUUUGGACGAGAACUGCAGGCUCUGAGCGAACAGCUGUGCCGCGAAUACGGCAAGAACGCCACACACAAGAAAAUGUUACAGGAUGCGUUCAGUCUGUUAGCGUACUCAGAUCCAUGGAACUGCCCCGUCGGACAGCAGUUAGAUCCCACAAAGAGAGAAUCACUCUGCUCCGCACUCAACAGCGCCAUCCUGGAGUCCCAGAACCUGCCUAAGCAGCCUCCUCUGAUGUUAGCAUUGGGUCAGGCCACAGAGUGUGUUCAACUCAUGGCCCGAGUCCGGUCUGGUUCCUGCUCCUUCGCCAGAGUAGACAACUUUUUGCACUAGCGCCGGUCCAGGUUAAUGUUUAGUAGCACUGAGCGAAGGCAUGUCCAGCAGGUAGUUGUGGCGGCGGAGGGG